AUGCGCCGAACACAAACUGUUGAGACCCUGGGUUUUCCCGUUCUGACGGGCGGCGCGGAGCUGGGUGCGAGGCUCUGGCGGUACCGAGCGCUGCCGCCGUGCCCGUCACGUUCCGGGCCCCGGAGCGGAUCGCUCCCGCUCGGCCCGGGGACCGAGGGGCACCAAGGCUGGAACAGGCGGGGACCGAGCGGGGAUCGAGGGGGGGAACGAGACGGGACCGAAGGAGGGAGCGAGGCCCGGCCGGCUCCGCCGCCCCCGGGCCGGCCCCGCCCCGCCUGUCGGGUGCCGCGGUUGCCCGCUGCUUCCUUCUCAGUUCCCGAAGGAGGAGUUUCUCAAUGUGAAGAAGGUGGCCAGCACUGGGGCGAGUUUUCUGCCCAGAAUUGGCCCAUUUCAACACGCUGCCAGAUGUACAGGGGACUCCCCCUGGGCAGAGGCAAUGGAUGUGCUUUAUCUGGAUCAGUGCCUACACAGAGAGGUGUGUUUAAAGCUGCCUUUCUUGCAGGACUGGCUCAGUAUAAAGCACUGUCCAAACAGUUGUUGCCAGUUCCCCCGAUAGAGAGCUUGCUCCAAGUUUCCCCACCAGAGAUGGUAUUUCAGAAAUUCAUCGCUCAUGAGGUCUCGGAAAUGGUACUGUCUCUCACAAACAAGGACAAGUCUCCUCGGCUGGUGAAGGUCUACAUGGAGAGAUCACCUUAUUUUGAGCUCGUGUGCCCCAGUGAUGUACGCCACAUCAUCCUACCAGGCACUUUUUCCCAUGUGCGCAUUCGCUUCACCCCCGACGAGACCGAGAAUUACUCCCAUGAGCUCGUCUGCCUCACUGCAAGGGACAGGAUAGUUGUGCCUAUUCAGGCCAUUGCUGCCCAAGCUAUCCUCCUGGACUUCCCUGACCAGCUGGACUUCUCACGGUGCCCAGUCAAGUACAGCAGCCAGAAGACUCUGCUGGUUCGCAAUGUUGGUAACGUGGAAGCUCAUUACCAGCUGAGCACCCAGAGUCCUUUCUGCGUGGUUCCAGACAGGGGAACUCUGGCCGCUGGUGACACCAUGCAGGUGACAGUGGGAUUUCACCCGCUGACGGUCGGUGACCAUUCCGGGUCCCUGGUAGUGUGCUGCAACACAGGUGAGUGUAUCCGCACAAACCUUCACGGAGAAGCUGUAGAUGUCAACGUUCGGUUGAGCACCAAUUCCGUGAAGGUUGAGAACACUUUCAUCACCACAUCAAACUACACAACCGUGUUCAUCAAAAACAGGAGUAACAUCACAGCCCACUUCCAGUGGAAGACUUUUCCUACUGAGGAAGAUGAGAAUAAACUGAAGAGAAGGCAGUGCUAUUUUCUGCAGCCACUGAAAGAUGUGUCGCUGGAAAAAUUCAUUGAGGAGGAAAAUAUAGAGCAGGAGAAGGGCUAUUGUGAAGAUAACACUGCCCUUGUGAGCCACACAGUCCAGGAGGAGAUGGCAAAGGUGAAAGAAGACCCCAUGCUGUUUUCCGAUGACAUUUUUUCCAUUGAGCCCGUGGAGGGAGAAAUUGGGCCGAACUGUUGCGCCAAAAUCAAGGUGACCUUUAAACCUCUAGAAGCACUGGAGUAUCGAAGUGUGGCUUACUGCAACAUCUCAGGCCGAGAGAGCAGGCUGCCCCUGCGCCUCAUCGGGGAAGGCCAAGGACCCUUCGUUGAACUCCGCUCUCAUACACUGAACCUUGGGAACAUUUUUGUCAACACCCCCUACGUCUAUGAGGUGAAACUGAUUAACCAAGCACCUAUUGAUGCUCCCUUCACCUAUAUCUGUACAACUGCAAACGUGGGCUACUGCUUCAAGUUUGCACCUGAGGAGGGCAUCAUUGCACCAGGUGGGAUCCAGACCAUCCAGAUCUCCUUCAAUGCCACCGUACUGGGGAGGUUUGAGGAAGAAUUCCAGUUCAGUGUGGCUGGAUCUCCUACGCCUGCAAUCCUGACAAUCAAGGGACAUGUCUGUGAACUGACUGUAUACUUCAACGUCGAUGAGCUCAACUUCGGUGACGUUUCCUUUGGCUUUCCCUACACCAUGACCUGUCGCCUCACUAAUGCCUUCCCAGUGUCCCAGAGGUUUAAGCUCCGCAUGUCUGACGAUGGCACUCAGCCUGCUGUUAGUAGCUUUGAUCAAAUACAAAAGCAGAGUGACCCAUCCUGGAGGCAGGGAAUUCAUUUUUAUGUGGAGCCAAGGGAGUUUACAAUGAAUCCCAGCCAAGGGACCAUUGCUCCCCAGGGACACCAGGAUAUCAAGGUGACCCUGUGUUCCAACACCGUGAUGGAUUUCUGCCGGAGAAUGCUGGUGGACCUGGAGGGUAUUGGCAAUGGAGUGGCAUCAGUGACCAUCAUGGCCAGAUGUCUCGUUCCUGAGCUGCGAGUGUACCCUCACGUCCUGCUGUACGACGAGUGCCGCCUCAAGGUGCCCUACGAGAGGAAGUUCCUCGUUGUGAAUAACACCGACCUUCCUGGCUGCUACGGGCUUAUUCCCCAGAAACGCAAGGAGGACACUCCUGUGUUCUACUCCAGCCCCAAACCCUGUGGGAUUGUCCAGCCUCACAGCAUUGCAGAGAUUCCAGUUACAAUCGAAGUCCAAACAUUGGGCAAGCAUCGCACCAGUGUUCUUAUCAGCGUGUUUGGGGAUGAGAGAAACCCACGGAGACAAGAAUUACAGAGCACUGGACAGCUGGCAGACAUCUACCCGAGUCCAAGGCUGAUAGAAUUUGGCAUGAUCCCAGCACUACAGCCUAAUUCACAAACUUUUACCCUCUUCAACAAACGUCUUGUCCCUACAGACUUCAGGGCAGAGAUAGCCUGCAAAGCCCACUGCUAUGUCAUCGAACCCAAAGAAGGAGUGAUCCCUGCUACGGGUGAGGUUCCUGUGACCAUCACAGCAACCUUGGAUGACACUGGGAUUUUUGCUGACACUAUUCAGCUUUUCACUGGGAACAGCCUUUGGACCACCUUCAUGGUGCUGGCUGUGGGCACCGGCACCACAAUUGUCAUGGACAAACCAUUCGUCCCAGAGCUCAGCUUGGGACACCAGUUCAGGCUCGUUCCCUGUAUUUGUCAGUUCAAAGUAACAAACAGGGGCCACCAUUUCCAUCGGCUCUUCUGGAGUGUGGAAUGUCACAGCCCCCCUAAGAAGAAGGGCCAGAGCAUCCCAGCCCUCAGUAGCCCCCUGGCCGAAGAUGAUUGCCAGAGCCCCAAAGGCACCAGCCCCGUGUUUGGGCUGGAGCCACUGUCGAUGGAGCUGCAGCCGGGCGAGUCUGUGGACAUGGUGCUGCGAGGCUUCUCCCCCAUCGAGCAGUGUGAAGCUGUCACUGGGACAGCCAGCAGGACAGAGAAGAUAAUAGAAACAACCAUUACCUGCAAGUUUAUUGAUCCCUCCAUAGAAAUAUCAGCCAGACAAUUCUCUUUCUGGGUGGAGAAGAAACCCAGUGAUGAUGUCCUGACUCUGCAGUACAAGCCUUUGGCUUUAAAGAACACCUGCUUGCUGCCACUCGACCUUAUGCUGGACUUGGAGCAGCCGUUUCUGCUCUGCGAUGCGGACCAGCAGCCCCUCCCGGAUGGCCAGCCUGUGACAGUGGAUGUAGGACAGACCUGUCAUCUCUACAUUGCAUUUGACCCAUCUUAUAAACUGGAUUUUCAUAGCUGGAAGGAAGAGAAGGUUCUGAAGAUAAACAUGGUCAAUGGCCAUCCUUAUGUGGAGUGCAUCACCCUUCGAGGAGAAGUCCACUUCCCCAAUCUCCAAAUCCAGCGCAGCAUCCUGGAGUUUGGCUGCAUCCUGGCUGGCACUGAAGAAGUGCGUUCUCUGGAGAUAACCAACUGCAGCCCACUGCCUGUCCAGUACCACUGGUCAUUCCAUUCAGACGGCCAGGUGAACAGGCUGAGGUCCCUGUUCAUAGUUACAUUAUUUUCCAGGCAUGAGCGUUACCCACCUAAGUUCAAACCCCAACCACCAAAGGAGAAGAGAACCUGCUUGGAUUACUCGGCACCUCAAAGGAGACGCUUCAAGAUUAGAAAUGGGGAGGACUCAGGCACAGCCCUCAGAGAAUCGUGGGAUCCUGCCCAGUCUUCAGGAGCAGAGCUUACCACCACCAAGUCAUGCUCCUGCUGUCCUCCCUUUUUGCUGCCCUACUGUCCUGUGCCCCGAGAGUGCGCUGGGCAGCAGGGCCAGUGGCUGGACAUGGGGUGUGUUUUCAGUGUCCUGCCGCAGUCAGGUGUGCUGCAGCCAGGAGAGAGACAGAAGGUUUCCUUCAAGUUCUUUGGCCACUUCAACACCAUCGCCAGUGUCACGGCGCUGUGCCACGUGGAGGGAGGCCCCACCUACGAGGUGGAGCUGACUGGGGAGGCCUCAUGCAUCAGCUACGCCCUGAGCCUCCAGGAGAUCAACUGCGGCUUUCAGAUAUUUAAUGAAAUUCGUCACAGCACAGUCACCCUGGCGAACACUGGCAACACUGAAUUCAACUGGGUGCUAAAUCCUAGCACUGCAGAGCAACAUCUGCCUGGCGUGUUUCUGGUCAUCCCCCCCACUGGUUCCGUUGCACCUGGUGAGAAGCAAGUGCUGAAAUUCUCUUACAUGCCAGGAGUACCAGGAGCCUUCAGCAGGACUUUCCAGCUUAAAGUGGGUGUCCUGGACCCGGAAAAUAUCUGCCUGAAAGGAGAAGCAUUCUUUCCUGUGAUCAGUGUGAACCUGCCCUGGAACAUCAAAGGAAAUGAAAAAUAUGAGAAGCUCAUAAAACCCCUGCAACAAUACAGUCAGAGGAAUAAAUCAGUUGUUCAGAAGACUCAGAGUCCGAAGACUAAGACCUUCAAGUUUCAGACUCCAAAGACUCAGACCCUGAAGACUCAGAACCUGAAGCCCCACGCACCUGGCUUUGGCACUGUAAUGAGGCAAACUUUGCUAACAGUGGCUGGGCAGGUGAAGAUGCUGGAGUUAACUGCUGUGGAGAUGAGGUCCUGGCUAAGAGAGCAGGAGGUGUCACCGACACUGAGCAGCCAGACAGGAGGACCCCUCACCCCCUGUCCACAAGAGCAGGGUUUGAAGGAGGACCUCUCACCCCCUGUCCACAGGAGCAGGCCAAACACUGAGCUGCAGAUAGAGACGGUGAUGAUGCUGAUAGAGGAGGCUGCUCUGGAGCUGCAGGAAAAGCUCCCAUCCCAUCCCCCAUACAGCAGGUUCCCUGACAAAAAGCUGCGCCAGAGUCUUGUCAAAGUUGAGCUGCCUGAAUAUGUGCUGGACAUGGGCACUGUACGUAAGGGUUACACUAAGAGACGCACUCUGGUGAUCACCAACCCUGGGCAGAUCCCAGUGUCCUUCCAGGUCGAUGUAUCUGCCCUGCAGGACACAGGUUUCAGAGUGAAUCUGGACCAGAUGCAGGGUCUGGCUCACAGACACACCAUAAUGUUUGAGGUGUGCUUUGAAAGCACCCACCGGCAACGGGGUGACGUGGAUGUGCUGCUGCCCAUAGAGGUGGCAAAAGGCCCCACGUAUAACAUCCACCUCCAUGCCACUGUGUUGGAAGGGUGGCUCAACCUCUCCAAGAACACACUGCAGUUCUCUGAUACCCUCGUUGGGCAGUGCCAGAUUGAGACAGUCCAGCUCUACAACUGGUUCCAUGUACCCUGCAAGUGGUUCAUUACUGCCAUCAAGCCUGUCAGGAAGGUAAAGCACAGGCGACGUCGAACAUGUAACUUCUUGGACAAUCAACGCAAACGCAUUACACCAGCCAUGUGUCAGAAGCAGCAGGUGCUGGAGGAUGAGCCCUGUCCCUUUGAAGUGACGCCCUCCAAAGGAACCCUCAAUCCAGGAAGGUGGCAGAACUUACAAAUCCAGUUUACACCCAAGCAGGAGAGGUCUUACAAGAAUGAGCUGAAGCUUAACGUUUGUGGAAGCAGCAAUCACUUAAAGCUGCACCUCUCAGGACAGGGUCUAGAGCCACGGUUGGAGUUUAGCCCCCCAGCACUCAAGAUGGGAUGGGUGCUGGUGGACAGCGAUGGGGUGGACGCCACAGUGGUGGUGAAGAACCCAUGCAGCUUCCCUGUUGAGUUUUACUCACUGGAUUUUGAUGAGCAGUACUUUGAGGAAGAGAAGAUCCUGUGGAUGGCAGCGGGGUCUGAGUACCAAAAGAACUUUCUAAUGCCUCCAUGCACCGUGGGUGGGAUGCUGCCCCCAGAGGCACUGGAGGACUGUGAAGCACAGAAGAGGCUGAAGGCUCAACAGGCAGAGCUCAAGGCCAUGGCAGAGGCUGAGGCUGAGGCCGAGGCCAUAGACAAGGCAGCACCAGCAUAUCAUGGGGCUGUCACACCCUCUCCUGAGCCCAUGGUGGAAGUGACUGGGAGCCCUAUCUCUCAGGCUGUCAUGCGCCACCUGGGCAUCGACCCAUCUUCAGAGAGUUGUGAAGCACAGCAGGACAGAGGGAUUGUUGUUAUUGUCCAUGGGCCACCCCGGGCAGGAAAGACAGAGAUAGUGGCGGCCCUGUGUCACUAUUAUGGCACUGCUCACUUGUCCAUUGACACCAUGGUGAAAGAGGCCAUUGCCAAUGAUCAGAGCCAAGCAGGGCGCCGCGCCCAGGAGCUUUGCACCAAGGCUGCCAUGGAGCUGAGAGGCGAAAACCAAGAUGAUGCUGGUAAAAAGCCUCUGCUUACUGCUCAGACCAAGAAUAAACAAGCCUCUGGGGGAAAAAACAACAUGAAGAAGAAGAGUUCCAAAGGCAAGAACCCUCCAGCAAUAAAGAAGAGGAAGCCAGCCAGCAAACCCAACAAAAAGGACACCAAGCAGCUGAACAUCAUCAGCAGUCAUGGGGAAGAUCUGAACUGCUUGAGCUGUGUGCUGCCCGAGGACCUGUUGGUGGACAUCCUCUGUGAGAGGCUGAAGCAUGAAGACUGCUCCAAGGGAGUGGUCUUUGAUGGCUUGCAGAGCCUCUUCACAAGCAGCCUGGAAUCUUCUCUGCUCUGUGUAUUCAAAGCUGUCAACAAUCGUCAUCAUAUCUACAUGGUGAACCUGCAUCAGGAUUAUGCUUCCUGGAAAGCCAAGGAGGAAGCUGAAAGAGAGAAGGAAGAAUGGCAGAGGAAAAAACCUAUUCAGAGGAGCACAGAAUAUGUCUUGCAAAUGGAUGAGGAUGAGGAUGAUGCCCUUCCUGAGAAGAAAGCUCUAGUGGACAAAAUAAUACCAGAAAGGAAGUGUAUACAGAGAGAGAGGGAGCUGAAGCGGCUGGCUCAAAAGCUUGAGGAGGAGAAGGACGAAGCCAAAGCCCCAAAGAAGAGGGAACCCAAAGCCCCAGAGAAGUUGGAAACUGAAAUCCCAGAGUACUCUGCUGAGAUGGAGAAGAGGUUUCAGAUCUAUGAGUCAUCGCAGCAGGACAAUGCACAGGUUUUCUCCUCCUGUGACAGGAUUCAGGGUUCUGUACAGUUACCUGUGAUCCAGAAUGGAAACACAUCCCAGCCUUCAGCUGAAAACAAGCUUCACAAGACCAUAAAGCCUCAGGAGAAGGUGGAGAAGAAGCCUGAACAAAAAUGUGGAGGCCAAAGGAGUCUUCAGUCAUCUCAUCUGGAGACACGAAGCGAAGUUGCAGAAGGGACUGUCAGAGAUGAGCAUGUCGGGGUGUGGUGCUUGGACAUCCAGGUCACAGAUCCAAAGGCCAUGAUUAGGGAGAUGCUGAGGGAUGGGAGGCUGCCAACAAAAGAUAAGAUGCUGAGACAUCUGGGACUGCAUCCCGAAGGGCCUCCUCUGCCCCCUGCUGCUGUCUUCUCCAUAGUCAACUACCCAGAGGAGUGGUUGGGUUCUGCAGAGUGUGUGAAGCCCUUCACCAUUGUUGCACCGGAAGGUGCUGCUAUGGAAGACAAUCGGGCCAAGGCCCCAGAUGCCAAGGGCAGUUCUGCCGAGGGCCAACCAAAGACACAUAAAGCAGCCAGCAGAGACAACUCUCCAAAGGAGAACCAGAUCUCCACACACAGAACAGAAAGUCCCCAGGAUUCCUCUGCAACCAGAUCCAAAAGUGUGCUGAAAAGAGCCUCAACCCCCACAGAAUUCCACAGGCUGAAACGGUACCGAUGGAUAGUGCCUGGCCACGGUGAGGUGGAACUGAAGGUCCACUUCUCCACCAAAAGGCCAGGGAAGUUUGAGCACACGCUGAGGUUUGAGCUCGUGGAGACAAAGCGCCAGUACGAGCUGCCCUGCAGUGGCACGGGCGUGUACCCCAGCAUCAGCCAGAACCCGUGGCUGGUGUUUCCACAGUGGAGGGAGACCAUGGAGGCAGAUGAAAUCAUCUUCAAGGAAUAUGUUGAGAGCACAAAGCAAUUCCACUUUGGACCUCUGCUGUGUGGGAAAUCAAGAGAGUGGUACAAGGCCCGGAACUGUCCCGGCAACUCAGAGAAUAUAACCAUCCUCAACAACUCCCCUGUGGAUGCAGAGGUCCAGUUCUCCUUUGAGAAUGAUGGGAAAGCAGAGACAUUCCUUUUGGACCCUCCCAGCAUGACACUCAAACCAGAGGAGAAGCAGGAGCUGACCAUUUGGGCAUACCCCACUUCCCCUGGCUUCCUGGAAGACAAACUCAUCUGCUGCAUUGAGAAGAACCCAGACCCAGUGGUUUUCAGCCUGUGCUGCCAUGGGGUGCACGUGAUGCUGGAGGUCAGCCCCCUGGAGCUGUCUUUUGACAAGCUGCUUCUGCACAGGACUGACAGCAGGACCUUGGUCCUGAAAAACAACACCCUACUGCCCAUGGCCUGGAAGCUCACUGGGCUGGAUGACCUUGUUGAGGCCUUCUCCUUGUCACAAGAUAACGGCAUCAUUGAUCCCCGCUCAGAGUUUGAAGUGACCCUGAAUUUCAAGGCCGAGCAGAUUGGCAGCAUUGAGAAGACCCUGCGACUAGAGGUUUCAGAUACAGGAAACGUCCUGGGGAUUGUUCAGGCUGAAGACAUUGAGAUCUCUGCAGAAGUCUGUGAUGUUUCUCUGAGCAUCGACAUGCCUGAAGGUCCAGAUGGAAGCUUGGAAUUUGGAACCAUUAAUGUCCUGGAUAAUGUGAAGAAAGUCCUGAGUCUAAAGAACAAAGGGAUGUACAACAUUGAGUACUGUUUUGUGCUGAAGAAUGCAGGUCCCAGGAUGCAAGAUUUGGCAUCCCACUUCACUAUUGAGCCUCAGUCGGGCAUGCUGAUUGCCUCCCAGCCUGGUGUGAAUGUUGAGAUGGUCUUCCACCCCACAAGGGAAAUGCUCCUCAAGAACAAACCCAUCCUGUACUGCCAGGUGACAGAUGCCAGCUCAGGGGAAGGAAGCCAGACUGUUGCCACCAUCCCAGUGAGGGUGACAGCGAAAGCUGUGUACAGCAAGUACAGUAUUGAGCCUGCCUCACCCAUCAACUUUGGGGCCAUGCUCAAGGGCACCAAGAAGACCCAGACUGUUGUGCUGGAGAACAGAGGCAUGCUCAACUUCAAAUUCCACAUCCUCCAAGCACCCGAGGAUGCAUCUGCAUUGGCAAGCAAAAGCUCAAAGCAAGAGGAAUCCGCUCCACCAGCGACAAAGCUGAAAUCAAGCUCCUUGACACAGGGUUACCUCAGUCUUGGCAUGUUCACGGUGUCCCCCUGCUCCGGCUCUGUCGCUCCAUGGGGCCAGCAGAAGAUCACAGUGGAAUGCCUCGCAGGGCAGGAGGGGACAUGUGAGGGGCAGCUCUACAUUGACAUCACAGGCAGAGACCCCAAGGACAAUCCCCUGGGCAUUCCCUUUACCCUGAUUGCCGAGUCCUGCCUCCCAGCACUUGUUGAGGAUGUCACGUUAACCUUCGAGGAGUACCCGAUCUGCAGCAGCACCAACCUCAGCUGUAAGCUGCGGUCAGUCAAAGGCACGGGUCUGUUUGUCAGAGAAGAGAACAAAUUCGUCUUCACCAAGGUUCUGGUUGGGCAAGAGGCUGAAGCUCAUUUCAGCAUCUACAAUACAAGUGGUCUGCCAUGGGACGUGGUCCUCUCCAUCAAACCCCUGCCUGGAAAGGAAAAAAGCCCUAUCAAUAACAUUUUCAAGUUGUAUCCUGACACGAUGUCCAUUCCUGGCUCAUCCAAUGCCAUUGCUACGGUGACCUUCACCCCACUGGAGGAGCAGAACUACAGCUGUAUUUUCAAGGCUUCCCUUGUCAUCCCAAAAAGCUCUGUGCAAAUUAAGCCCCAAACCCUGACCUUCACCAUCAGUGGGAAGGGGCAUGAGCCACAGGUGACAGUCGUGUGCCCAAGUGCUCGCAGCAAGAGGGGAAAUGCUGUGCUGCGCUUCAAGAGACUCCGGGUGGGGGAUACAGAGAUGCUCCCCCUGGUCAUCCAUAACAAUGGCAUCGUACCUGUCAAGUUUAUGUUACACCUGGAGGAUGAGCACGGAGCGUUCUUUUUGAAAGGCAGGGGCUCCACACCUGAGAGAUUCUACACUGAAGAUGUGGAAGAGGACUGCGUUGGAAAUGAGAGCAAGCCCCCAGAGAAGCCUUUCUUCCUUCUGCAUCAUGGGCAAUCGACAAAUAUUGAUGUCAUUUUCAAACCCACCUUGACUCAACAUCUGGAAGGGAAGAUUUGUGUGUUACUGGAAGACAUCUACUCUAAGAAGACCCUAAUAGAGCUGGUGGGUGAAGGCCACAAGGAUGAAUUCACCCUUGAUGGACUAGAGGAAGACACAGAUGAGAGGAGAGCUAAGCGCAGUCUGAAGAAAGACAUUAUUGAUGCUGUCAGAUUGAAUCACAUCCAGUUUGGGGACUGUCCUGUCGGGAGGCCCUACCGCAGGACCUUCACCAUCACCAACCAUACCAGUAUGAAGGUCAUGCGCUUUGAGUGGGAGGCAGACGCCGCAUUCCAGUUCUCCCCCAAGAUGGGACACCUCCACCCUGGAUGUGCCAAGGACAUCACAGUCACCUUGAAAUCAGAUGUCCCAGCCACCUUCAGGAGGCACCCUGUGAAAUGUAAGGUGAUCAAGACCAACUCUGAGCUACCACAAAGGAAGGUUGAGGACUGGGAGGACCGAAUGUGCAUUGUCACAAGGGAGGAUACCACCAGGAAAGACAUGGCAGCCAACCGGCCUGUGAAAAAGAAGAUCGUCCAGACAGCCCCAGAACCAGAACCGGCACCGGCUUACACUGUGGAUGAGAGCAUCCAGGAGGCCAAGGUGUACCUCAGUGCUGUUGUUGGCUACACCGAGUUCAAACGGAACCUGAUAGUGGUUCAGCUCAAGGACACCUUGCCCAACCAGACAAGGAAAGACAUUUUCAGGAUACACAACACAGGAAAUAUAACCCUGGAAUACAGCUGGAUGGAAGCUGCAGAUAGUAAAGCAGUGAAGAAGCCAUACUCAACCACUCGGACGGGAGCUGAGCCAGCCACUGGGAAGAGCCACACGCUGGGUCAGGACCUGGAAGGGGGUCAUCUCUUUGACAAGUCUGAGACUGGGAAAAACAAUGGUGUAAUGAAUGACAAAAAAGACCUGCCACUGUUCUCCAUCCACCCCUGCCACGGCAUCAUCCCUCCUGGCCAAAAGCAGAUCUUUCACGUGCUGUUCUCCCCAAAGCAUGUGGGGAAGUUUAGGACCAGCAUACUCUUCAGGACUCAUAAGCUGAAGCCGGCUCUGAAGAAGGUAGAGGUGAUUGUGAAAGGCAGAGCCCAGGAGCAGGAGAGUCUUGAUAAACCAAAACGCUCUGCGUUACGGCAGACAGACAAAGGCCAAGGACCCAAGAAGCAGCAUCCAGCAGGAGCCAGCAACAUCGUGUCUUCUGCUGCUGAUGGUCUCCCACCCUUCACCAGAGACCUCUGCAGCUACCCUUGCAAGCUCCAGUGA